UAGCCCCUCGGUCUCUGUUCUCUGAGCCCAGCGGAGGAAGCCCCAUCCAGAAACUCAACAUGUCUAUUUUGAAGAUCCAAGCAAGAGAGAUCUUCGACUCUCGUGGAAACCCCACUGUUGAAGUUGAUCUCUACACUGAAAAAGGUCUCUUCCGAGCUGCUGUGCCCAGUGGGGCUUCUACCGGUAUCCAUGAGGCCCUGGAGCUCCGAGACAAUGAUAAGACCCGCUACAUGGGGAAGGGUGUCUCAAAAGCGGUUGAGCACAUCAAUAAAACUAUUGCCCCGACCCUGGUUAGCAAGAAAGUGAAUGUUGUGGAGCAGGAGAAGAUCGACAAAUUGAUGAUAGAGAUGGACGGCACUGAAAAUAAAUCUAAAUUUGGUGCAAAUGCUAUAUUGGGAGUGUCUCUGGCUGUUUGUAAGGCCGGAGCUGCUGAGAAGGGUGUCUCCCUGUACCGCCAUAUUGCUGACCUUGCAGGCAAUGCUGAAGUCAUCCUUCCAGUUCCAGCCUUCAACGUGAUCAACGGUGGCUCCCAUGCUGGUAACAAGCUGGCCAUGCAGGAGUUCAUGAUCCUCCCUGUUGGAGCGGCAAACUUUAAGGAGGCCAUGCGCAUUGGAGCUGAGGUCUACCACAACCUGAAGAGUGUGAUUAAGCAGAAAUAUGGACAGGAUGCCACCAAUGUAGGGGAUGAGGGUGGCUUUGCUCCUAAUAUCCUGGAGAAUAAAGAAGCUCUGGACCUGCUAAAGUCUGCUAUUAGUAAGGCUGGCUACACUGAUAAGGUCGUAAUUGGUAUGGAUGUUGCUGCCUCAGAAUUCUUCCGAUCUGGGAAAUAUGACUUGGACUUCAAGUCUCCUGAUGAUCCCAGCAGAUACAUCUCCCCUUCUGAGCUUGGGGACCUCUAUAAGAGCUUCGUCAAGGACUAUCCCGUGGUGUCUAUUGAAGAUCCCUUUGACCAGGAUGAUUGGGGAGCUUGGAAGGAUUUCACUGCUACUGCAGGCAUCCAGGUGGUAGGGGAUGAUCUCACAGUGACCAAUCCCAAGCGCAUUGAAAAGGCUGUGAACGAGAAAGCCUGCAACUGCCUCCUCCUCAAAGUGAACCAGAUUGGCUCCGUGACUGAAUCUCUCCAGGCGUGCAAGCUGGCCCAGUCCAAUGGCUGGGGAGUGAUGGUUUCUCAUCGUUCUGGGGAGACUGAAGAUACCUUUAUUGCAGACCUGGUGGUGGGCCUCUGCACUGGGCAGAUCAAGACCGGUGCCCCCUGCCGAUCUGAGCGUCUGGCCAAGUAUAACCAGCUUCUCAGAAUUGAGGAAGAGCUGGGCAGCAAGGCUAAAUUUGCUGGAAGGAACUUCAGAAACCCUCAGGCCAAGUAAGCUCUGUGGCCAGGAGGCCUAUGAGCUCGUAGGUGCCAGUCACCUCUGUAGAAGUCUGCUCCUGCCCUAAGAGUGGGCAGCACCAAGUACUAGACCAGUUUUGUUUUGGGCGCAGGGGCCUCCGCUGCUCAACUUCCCUCUCCCUUCCACCUUUCUGUGAUGUUCUCACUGCUUUGUUAGAACUGUCUUACACCAGAGAUGACCUGAUGUUUGGUUCUCUGUCAGAAAACCCUUAUCAUCUUGUGACUGGGAUAGAAUCACCUGGUCUCACCCCCAACCCUGGUGUUGAUGUGUGGAGCCCUGUCCUUGUGAUGCAGUCCCGAUGAGCCCACAGGCCAGCUCCUUAGUGGCUUCUAUGUGCAGAAUAAAAGUAUUCAGUAACCCA